CCUACACUUGCAUCACAUCUCAAGUCUUAUCAUCAUCAUCAUCAUCAUCUCUCAAGCUACCUACGUACAAAGAGAAGAACAGACCAACCAGCCACUUCCUUGUAUUUUUCAGUUCAGUUGUUGAAUAAGAAACCUCUGGCAAUAUUGGCAUAUAGGCUGUUUUGGAUAAUAGACUCUACUAGGAAGAGAUGGAAAGCAGUGUCACCUAUGAGACCGAUCUCAACCUCAAGGCAACUGAGCUUAGAUUGGGCCUCCCAGGAACAGAAGAAACUGUUAGAAUUACCAACAAAAGACCAUUGACUGAAACUUCUGAGGAGACUGUUUCUAAUGCUCAAAAAAAUGUGGAAGCUGAGGCAGCCCCUCCAGCCAAGGCAAAGAUAGUGGGGUGGCCACCAAUCAGAUCCUAUAGGAAAAACAGCCUUCAUGAGAAUGAGGGUGCUGGGAUUUAUGUGAAAGUAAGCAUGGAUGGAGCCCCUUACCUUAGGAAGAUUGACCUCAAGGUAUAUGGAGGCUACACACAACUUCUCAAAGCUCUAGAAAACAUGUUCAAGUUGACCAUAGGUGAGUACUCUGAAAAAGAAGGUUACAAGGGAUCUGACUAUGCACCAACUUAUGAAGACAAGGACGGUGACUGGAUGUUAGUUGGAGAUGUUCCAUGGGACAUGUUUGUGACUUCCUGCAAAAGGCUGAGGAUCAUGAAAGGAUCAGAGGCUCGGGGUUUGGGUUGUGGUGUAUGAGAAAGAAAGGGUCUGAGCUGAAAAAAAAAAGUGUUUUGGGGUUUGGGAAACCAUGGUUUGAGCUUGGGUUCUCGGAUCUAAAGGGUUCUGACUUUUGAAUCACUCUAGCUUAUGCAGUUUGUUGGCUGGAGUCAUAACUCUGAAGGAGGAGAUGAAAGACAUAGUGAAGUUUGGCAACUUUUAUGGUGGGAUGCUAUGCUAUUCCGUGUUCUUCUUUCCACUGAUCCUUUUUCAAGUUUCAGAAUGACAAAUCUCAUUGAGAUUGCAAAUGAAACUUUGUGUAGAACAAAUAUAGAAAAGUUUAUAUGUAAUAUUAAUUGUUUCCUCCAUGUUUUUUCUCUUUUAUCUUCAUACAACAAUACACUGUAAUAUACAGUUUUCGUAUGUGUCUGUGUUAUUCAAUGGAGCGCUUCAUUAUUAAUA